GUCGCAUCUGCUGGCUCCUUUGGCAUCCUUCAGUGUGCAGUGUCCCCCCGCACAUCUUUCAUCCCGCUCUGGGCCGCUGAAGCCCAGUGUCCGGCCUCGCAGACUGCUAGACGGUUGUGUCUGCCAUACAACAUACUAUAUUUAUGUCUCACGUACUACAACAUAUAGGAUAAAGGAUUAGGUGUGACAUGCACUGUGUAGUGACUGGCUGUGCUAUUUGAUGUUUGUUUGUGAGGAAGAUUUCCAGAAGCAUUCAUGAUUCAGGAAUCACAGACAAGUAACGCAGAGAGAUGGAGCGGACGAGGACCAGAGCACAACAUGGCGCUACAACAGAUCCUAAAGCUUCAAGAAGCAAGAGCUCUUCACAAGACUUCGCUUUUGCCCAUUUACAAGAAGAAUGGCCUUCCUUCGCCCCCUGGAGAUAAUCAUGACUACGAUCAAAGCAAAAGUGAGAAGAAAUCGGAAGCAUAUGACCCUCGUGCCUUUGAACAGCUGAAGAUUGAGGCCGAGUUCAGAAAACUUAUGGAACAAUCGGUGAAGGAUACCCGCAACGAAGAAUCUCUUAAAUAUUUUCAACACAUGAUGGAGGCGAAGCAACACUUUGAAUAUCUUAGAAGUAUUCAAGAGAAACAAAUGAAGACUCCUGCAGAUGAUAUAUCUGAAGUGAAGAAAGAAAGACUAUCUCCAUUACAAAGUAGGUCGUCUCCCGUUCAGAACAGUUCACCUCACAGAGUGUCCUCAGCCGAGCUUUCACCGAAUCCUAGUGUUCGUUUAUCUACCUCAUCUAGCCCGCUCUCAACCACUAGCCCAGUAAAUUCAUCUCCUCUAAGUCACCUUCAAAAUAUGCAACCUUUUGAUUUCCGAAAACACAAAUCUAGCGAUGGUAAUGAGAAGGAAGAAAAUAGAAAACUUAGUUACGACAUGAGUCAUGCAGAAAAGGCUACGAUGGAUUUAAUGAGGAGUCAAUUUUUUAAUUUUCCAUUACCUGGAAACUUACCAAUUCCACCUAUAUCAAUGCCAUCUACGUUCAAUCACCCUGCAGCAAUGGUGGCUGCCCUGAGUCAAAACCCCAUGGGGCUUGCAUCGUUGCAAGCAUUAAUACCGCAGAUGUCUGCAAAACAGGUAGAAUCUGUAGAAAACAAAUCUAACAAUCUAUCUGGGAAAUUAAGACUAGACAAUAUGAGACAAGACGAGGAAAACGUACUUAACUUGAGUAAAGAUUCAUAUGAAGCAGCUCAAAACUCUAGAAACUUGCUAUUAGGUAAAUGUAUAACCCCGCCUAAGCGACAAUGGGGAGCAUCACCGAUGCCAUUAAACUUAGGAACACAUUUUAUAAAUCCUGCCACUGGAAAAAAAAGAGUUCAAUGUAACGUGUGCUUGAAAACUUUUUGUGAUAAAGGUGCAUUAAAGAUACAUUUUUCUGCUGUACAUCUCAGGGAAAUGCAUAAAUGUACUGUAGAGGGAUGUAGUAUGAUGUUUAGCUCACGGAGAUCAAGAAAUCGUCACAGCGCUAAUCCAAAUCCAAAACUGCAUUCACCGCAUUUGAGAAGAAAAAUUUCUCCUCACGAUGGCAGAAGCGCUCAAUCCCAUUCGGUUCUUAUUCCACCUCACUCUGCAGGACUAAGCAUACCACCUGUAAUGAAUUCCAUGCACCCAUUUGGUUCAUACCCUCUUUUGAACCCUCCUCAUAACAUGAGACAAUUUGCAUCGAAUGUACCUUUAGAUUAUAAGAGCAAUGUAAAUAUGAACUUCGUUUCUGGCAUAGAUCAUUCACACUUACGCAGAGAAUCAGACUCUGUAGAGAACAAAGAUCAGGAUGGUCAAGGUGAAUCAGACGAGGAUGAUGGAAUAGUCGUCGUUGCUGGAGAUGACGAUGAUGAUGAUGGGGAGCAUAUGGAUACUACAUAUUAUUCGAAUCUCCAUAAAUCAAAUGGAUCGGUUGAUGACUCAGAAACUGAAUAUGAUCAGAGGAGUGUAAGUGAUAAUAAUGACAAUAUUGAUUAUCGAAAGGAUGAAACUGUUAAUCAUGAAGUUAAAAGAAAACGUAAAAAUCUAAAUCCAACAAGAUUACACAAUAAUCAUUCAUUAGACGAAAGUCUUAAAAACGAGAACCAAUCGAAAGAACCUCAAACUGAAAGCGAAUACAACGUUGUUGAUCUAAAAAGAGUCAAAACAGAGAAUUGUGAAAACAAUUUAGAACCUACAGAGCCACAAGCCAACUGCGAAAAUAUUUCGGUAAAACAAGAAAUAGCACCUGUCAAAGAAGAACCUAUUGACUGCAAUUAUAGCGCACAAGACUUGCGAAUAAAGGAGGAACCGAUUGAAAAAUCCGAGAAAAGCAAAACAAAUAAUAACUUUCAAUCAAAUGAAGACCACUAUUCAUCAGAAAAUGCUUUAAAAAGAUUAGAAAGCUUAUCGAAGGGAGAUUUUCCAAAUUCGAAAAAGUCUGAUGUUCAGAAUUCAAUCGGGCCAUUUAAUUUAUCGUUGGCCGAAUCUAUAGACUACUCAGAUAGAUCACCGUCUUCAUCGGUGUCAAGCUUUGAUUACGCAACUGAAGAAAAUCACGGUCAGAUUUACGGGCAUUUUGACAAUGGAUUUUUCGUAAGCACCGCUGACGUCCCUCUUGAUCAAGAAAAUCCGCGACGUUGCGCAGUUUGUGGAAAAGUAUUUCAAAACGUAUACCUGUUGAAAACGCAUUACCAGACCGCUCACCUGAAGUUGAUGUAUAAAUGUAACAUCGAAGGAUGCCGAGCGUCUUUCCCAUCAAGACGAAGUAGAGACCGGCAUAGCGCGAACGAAAACCUUCACAGAAAAAUAUUGUCUUCUGAAGAUUUAAGAAUCUGUGUUGAAUCUCCAUCUCGGUUAAUUGAAAAAGUUCGGGAGCAAAUGGAGCUUAUCUCGAGGUUCAAGGAGGAAGAGCGUGCUGUACCAUACAUAGAAUCCCAUAAAUACUACAGGGCAAAGGAGUCAGAUAAGAUCAGGACUCAAUUCAGUCAACAUAUGCCUUUUGGCACACCGUACCCACCUUUGCAGCUGCCUGAAGCAUAUCUGAGCAACCGUGACAUGUUUGCUCAGCACCCUUUCCUCUUCGCGCCAUUCGGAAUGCUACCAAACUUCCCACCUGUUCCUUUAAGCUUUCUUCCACCUAAUCUCAAUGCUUUCGGCUGCCAAAGCCAAAGUUACUCUCCGCCUUCGCCAAGAAAGCUAAGUUACUCAGUCGAAGAAGAGGUUCCGCGUCCGAAUAAAGAUGGCACUUAUCCGUGUAGAGGUUGCAGAGAUAAUUUCAAAGAACUCAACUCCCUGAAACAUCAUUGUGAAACAGUACAUGCGCAAGCUUUACACCGGUGCACGAUAAAUGGUUGUAACGCCGCAUUCUUCUCCAGGACGAAGAGGAAUAUGCACUAUGAAUCUCACGUUGCCAGACGCCAGAACAGCAGGAGUGUCCCAUUGCAUACAUCUUGACCUAAAUAAACAUACCUAAGCUUAUUGUAGGAAGUUGAGUAUCCAGUGCAUUUGUGAUGUUAUUUUAGAUUAGACCAAAUAGUGGUUUUGUAACUUUUCGACCCCAGUACCUUUUAAUUCUCAAAGUAUCCGUUUAACGAUGGAAUGAAGGUAUAAUUAUAUUUCUAGCUAGUGAUGAUUGUACAUAAUAAUUGCAUUAAAAUGUGGUAAGUUUGAGAUUGUCCUUUAAGUGUCUGUAAAUAGGAAUGUAUGCUAAUUAGGUGUUGUCUUUUUGUAUUGUAUAGAUAUGACUUUCGACAUUCCAUAGUAAUAAUUUGUGCAAUAAAAGUGUAUAUAGAUAAAAAUAUAAUAGAAAUGUACAAAAUUAUGAAAUAAUUACAAUAUUUACUGUUCAAAGACUUAAAAGCUGUUUUUUCUAAAAUUUUACGAAAAGUAUUAUGUCGCGAAUGUUUUUUUUACAUUACUUAACAAAAACUAUAAUAUUAUUCAUUCAGUACAUUCAACAAUAAUAAUAUAAUAUUUACAACUAGGGCAUGUUUCAAAUAUUGAAUAUUCCAAUUGUAAUUAUUCAUAUCUCUUGCAUAUUUGGUGCUAAUAAAAAAAUCCAAUAAAUGUAAAACUUUGGCAUCAUUUUUAGUAUAGUACUUAUACGUGUGAUUGUAUUGUAUAUAAACCAAAAAGUAUUAAUGUUUAAGAUAAGAAUUUUGAAUCUAUAGUAAGAAAAGCGCAUGUUAUCUUCCUCUUGCCAAAACGACAAUGUAAUAAAAAUGUUUUGAA